AUAACCCUGUAACGUUGAAAAGGCUGCUUUUUGUUUGACAACGGGAAGAAAAAAACACGUUUAUUCUAAAGCUUUGAAAACAUGCCAGUUGAUAUUUACAACAAAAACUUUCAAAACUGGUUAAAAGGUGUGUUUGGGCUCAGCACCACAAGAUCUGUUUUGUGUCAAUAUAUUAUAGAUCAGCUCAAUGAGGACUUGAAAGACAUUCCGGUCUCAGAACUAAAGCAAUUUUUCAGAUGUCUAUGUUCAAAUAAAAUUUUCCAAUUAAAAACUGCAAGAAAAAUUCCAAGAACAUGGGAAUGUAAACAUGAGAAAUGCAAAAUACUGAUGGAACGUUUUGUUCACAAUCAUACAGAGUUUGGCGUUUUAAAGUUCGAAUGGAGCAAAUCCUCAUAUGAAAGCAUUGACAAUCCUGAUCUUGAAAAUGUAGAUAUCGAUGUAAAAUGGGAAGUUGUUAAAUUAUACAUGUAUGUCGAAAAAGAAGAAGCUGUAGUGAACUACAACAGUAUAGAAUGUCUUGAUAUAUCUCAUGCUACCAAAGUCAUUAGAAAUUGUAAAGUACUUUCUCCAGAUGGCUCAGCUGAACCUUGUGAAAGGGUUUUGAAUUUGAGAAACAAACUUAUGCACUCGCCUGACAAUUUAAUGGAUGAGAAAGGAACUCAAGAAAUUUUUGAAUGGACGAGAAGGCUUUUGGAUUGUCUGGAUAUAGCCGAAAAGACAUAUUACAAAAAGGCAAUAGAAGAAUUGCAAACCUAUGCAGAGAGGGACUUUGUUGUGAAGUACCAAUCAGAAGAAAAUAAAAAAAUUAUAGACAAGAUUUUAGAGGCGAAAAAGGUUGCUGACAAACUAGUUAAUAGUAUAGAAGGUGCCAAUCAAUUGCACAAUUGUAAACGUUUGCAAGAUAUGCUUGGAAGUAUUACAGGUUGUGGGUUGAAAGGGAACAAUGUAUUGGAAAUGAAACCAGCUGAUUACAAAUUAAUGGUGAAGAAAAGUCUUGAAGACAAAAGUGAAACUAUAGCGUCGGAUAUAGCUGAAUGUGAUGAAAAUAGCGAUGAGAUUAAAGAAUUAGAAAACCUUAAGCAACAUACGGAAAAAGUAAUUGAAGAUGUUGAAGAAGUUAUUCAGACAAAGGAGACUGAAGAAAUGAUUGAUGUAAUAAACAGUUUGAACCAAGAACUGGAAUAUAAAAAAGCAGAGGAAAUUCGGCUGAAAAAGAUCUCAGAGGAAUCAACUGUUAAAUUAGAAAAACUUUCUAAUAGAUUAGAAUCGAUCGAACAAGAAAAAAUAUUAAUGGCAAAUGAGGUGGAAGAAUAUAAAAAGCAGAAUGAAAUUCUGAAAGAAAAGACAACCAGUUUGAGUGAAGAAAAUUGUAAUGAACCUCAGCUGCAAGAACUCAACCUUACUUGGCCUGCACAUUCAGUUCCAAUUGAAGAAAAAUCGCAGUGUGAAGGACAAAAUGAUGAUCUUGAUUUCACCUUAGCUGACGAUACCUUGAAUGAGAAUCCUGACGAAGAAGACCUUGACUCCGACCAAAUAGAACAAGAUCAUCAGCAGCAGCAACAAAGACAAGCACAUCAUCAUCAACCCUGGCAAAGACGCCAUCGCCGUCGUCAUCGACGACGACGACGACGAUAACAAAAAUGGGAAUAUUGUCGUCUUUUUUAUUAAGUCGGGUUACUUGUCAGGUACCAGUAUGAAAAUGUAUCAAAACAUCUUAAAACGUGUUGGACAAAUUCAGAAUAGAUAAAAAAAUCAAUAUUAAGCCAUCUAAUUAUACGAGCAUAUAGAUUCCAAUAAUUUUAGAUGACCUGUAACCCUCAAAAAGGCGUAAUUUUCACACUAUAGCAACAUUUUAACUGAUAUUGCUUUUUUAAAGAAUACCGUAUGGUGUUUAUUUUUAUAACAUUACAUUUUGAACAGUAAUGAUAACAGUUACAACAAUUAAAGUGUUUCUUUGUUCCUGACCAUUUUCAUGAUUAGCUCACCUGUCACAAAGUGACAGGGUGAGCUUUUGUGAUCGCUUUUCGUCCGCAUCCGUCCGUCCGUCGUCCGUCCGACCGUAAACUUUUGCUUCAAAUGACAUCUCCUCAUAAACCACUAAGCCAAUUUCAUCCAAACUUCACAGGAAUGUUCCUUUGGCGGUCACCUUUAAAAAUUGUUCAAAGAAUUUAAUUCCAUGCAGAACUCUGGUUGCCAUGGCAACCGAAAGAAAAAACUUUAAAUAUCUUCUUUUAAAAACCCCAAAGAGCUAGAGCUUAGAUAUUUGGCAUGAAACAUCUUCUAGUAAGUGUCUACCAAGUUUGUUCAAAUAAAAGCCCUGGGGUCAAAAUUGGCCCUGCCCCAGGGGGUCAUUGAUUUUCCCUAUACGCAUAUUGUAAAAACUCAAAAAAUCUUCUCUUAAAGAACCCAUAGAGCUAGAGCUAAGAUAUUUAGCAUGAAACAUGUUCUAAUGAGUGUCUACAAAGUUUGUUCAAAUAAAAGCCCUGGGGUCAAAAUUGGCCCCGCCCCGGGGGUCAUUGAUUUUCCCUAUAUGCAUAUAGUAAAAACUUAACAAAUCUUCUUUUAAAGAACCCAUAGAGCUUGAGCUAAGAUAUUUAGCAUGAAACAUCUUCUAAUAAGUGUCUACCAAGUUUGUUUAAUUAAAAGCCCUGGGGUCAAAAUUGGCCCCGCCCCAGGGGGUCAUUGGUUUUCACUAUAUGCAUAUAGUAAAAACUUAAAAAAAUCUUCUUUUAAAGAACCCAUGGAGCUAGAGCUAAGAUAUUUAGCAUUAAAUAUGUGCUAAUGGGUGUCUACAAAGUUUGUUCAAGUAAAAGCCCUGGGGUCAAAAUUGGCCCGGCCCCGGGGCUCAUUGAUUUUCCUUAUAUGUGUAUAACAAAAACUUAAAAAAUCUCUCUUCUUUGAAAAAACCCAAAUAGCUAGAGUUUAGAUAUUAAGCAUGAAACAUCUUCUAGUGAGUGUCUACAAAGUUUGUUUAAAUAAAAGCCCUGGGGUCAAAAUUGGCCCCGCCCUGGGGGUCAUUGAUUUUCCUUAUAUGUGUAUGGCAAAAACUUAAAAAAUCUUCUUUGAAAAAACCCAAAUAGCUAGAGUUAAGAUAUUAAGCAUGAAACAUCUUCUAGUAAGUAUCUACAAAGUUUGUUCAAAUAACAGCCCUGGGGCUAAAACUGGCCCCGCCCCAGAGGUGUCAUUGUUUUUAACUAUAUGUGUAUAGUAAAAACUUAAAAAAUCUUCUUUUAGAGGUUAGAUUGCAGGAAACAUCUUUUUGUGGGUGUCUACCAAGUUUGUUCAAAUAAAAGCCAUUGGGUUAAAAUUGGCCCUGCCAAAACGGGGUGGGGGGGGAGGUCAUUGUUUUUCAUUAUAUGUGUGUAGUAAAAACUUAACAUCAUGAAACAUCUUCUAAUGAGUGUCUUCCAAGUUUGUUCAAAUAAAAACCCUGGGGUUGAAACUAGCCCCGCUCCGGGGGCCUAAAUACAGGUGAGCGACCUCAGAGCCAUCAUGGCCCUCUCGUUUUUAAGAACUAUUUAUAUUUUCUUGAUCAAUAAAUAGUUUUUCACGAUUUAACUUUCAUGAAUUUAUAAUUUCAACUUCAAGAAUUCAUGAAAGUUAAAUCGUGAAUUCACGAUUUCAACUUCGAGAAUUCAUGAUUUCAACUUCACGAGUAAAUUCGCAAUGUUUGAACCGUAAAUUUAUGAUUUUUAAUUGGUGAAUUUUUAAGUUGGAAUCGUGAAUUAUUUAAGAUGAAAUCGUGAAUUCACUAAGAUUAAAUUGCGAAUUAAUGAAGAUGAAAUCAGUAAUUCAAACAGUUGAAAUGUCUCCACAGAUCUUUCGUCGUUGAUCGUGACAAUGACACUAUUGAAGGCAUGCAGUUACUUUUCAAACUCUGUUAAAAUGAGACAUACGUUAGAAAUCUGUAUCAUGUUAUUCAUAUAAACAAUUUUAUUUAAAAAGUAAUAUCAAGCAAACAUUAUAAUUAUUUUAGUUUAAUUUAUCAUGUUUACUAACUUCAAUACGGAGACUUAACAGAUUGGAGAAUUUAUUCAUCCGCUACAGAAAAAUCAUAUCGGUAUGACUUCACUACUGUAAACAUACGUAUCACGUUGGUAAUGAUACCUUUGACUUGAGAGCGUGAAAUAUAUUUAUCAACAAUUUAUCGGUAAUACUGUCUAUUUGUUUUGGAACGCCGUGACUGUCUUAUGUGAUCCAUGUUUUUGUUAUCUUGUAAAAUGGUGAUAUGAUUUUGUUCUUUACGCAUGUAAACAUGUGCAAUUUAAAUCAUGUCUUGAAAGGAACAUGCUGACUUGUCCAAGCAGCAUGUUAACAUGUAAAAUUAUCAUAAUAACAUGUUCCAACAACAUGUAAACUUGUCAAAGUAUUUUGAUGACUUGUGCAAACGACAUGCUAACUUGUCAAAAUACCAUGAUGACAUUUACCUGUUCACUUGAUGAAUUAUCUUGAUGACAUUUGCAUAACACUUAAACAAGUUAAGAAUACAGCGGAUCUUGAUAUAGGACUGUAUUUGGUCAGUUAAAGGAGACCUUUUCCUAACCUUUUUAGCUUUAGUAUACACAAGAAGAUAGCGUUAAUCGAGCUUUUAUCAACGCUAUACUGAAUUGAUUUACACAUUAUUGUAUCAAUUGAGAGCUAACACAAUCAUCUAUGCGAUAAAUGUACAUUGUUUGUGCGAGACGUGAUUAGAAACGAGAUACUGCUGGCCUAAUUGCAUUCAUAUUCGAACAUACAUCGUUUAUAGUCGUUUAUAAAUUUUGCGUUUUAUCAUACCGUCGCCUAUGCGAUUGCCAUCGUUGCCAACUUUUUUUAGUUGUUUACAUUUUUUGGUGUGUUGACGCGGUAAAAUAACGACAAAGUUAAAAAAUGGAAAUAAAGAAAACGACAAAAUGAAUUACAUUAUAUAGAAUUCCGAUGAUUUUUUAUUGUUGCUUUUCCUAUAAAUAAGGACGUUUUCCUCAAAAACAUGUUUCUUGCAUUAGCUCAUUUAUAUAGAUUUUUUAUUGUGUAAAAUAGUACAGAAAUUAUGAACUACACCGUUACACGUAUCUCGAUUACGUACUUUUAGAUUCAUGUGGAAAAACUCGAGUACGGGAAUUCCAAUAUUUUCUGUUAACAACCCAUUACUUCAUAUAGACGUUUUUGCACGCCUUUUCACCUCCUUUUGUGAGGCUGAAAAAAGUGACACAAUGCCAUAUUAAAUUAAGACCCCAAACACUUGUUUUCGUUUUGGAAAUGGUGUUUUAUUAGUGAUCACAUUUUCGGCGCCAUCUCCUAUCGAAUAGAAACAUCAAGGAGGUGCCAGAGAAGGCACGUGUCCCCGUCUGUUUGGAGGUUUGAAGGGGGGCACUAACCUCCCUCAUCGCCAAGAAAAUUUUGAACUUAUAAUAGGGUAAAAAGACCUUAAGGUUACGUGUAACCAUCGCUGAAAAGCCUUUGAUUCUAUCUUAAUCUAUGGAGAAGUUGCAGCACCUUGAAAUCAGUUUUGAUGGAAAAAUCAGCGCAAAAUAGUGAUUUUUGACAAUUUUAAGAUGUCCCCUUGUUGGCAUGGUACAUGUAACUUUAAAUUUAAGACCGAGUAUGCCGUUACUUAAGCUAUUGCUUAAGCAAAAUGUGCGCCAAAAUUGAACAUUAGUGGAGCCUUUUUAUUGUUUCAUAGCAAUUUGAACAUGUAACAGGAGGUUUUACAAUGAAAACAUCCAUUUCUGACAAUAUGCUCAUGAAGUAAUGGGUUUAAUACAUGUAUAACAGUUACGGCUUUUUACACAUAUAAUAAUCGUGGUAAUUUAUCUUGUUUUAUGAAGUGGUAUGACUUAUUUAUGAAGGGUUAACAACGAUUUCUUAAGUGGGAAUAUCCUGUUAAUGCAUAAAUGAAAACAAUUGGUAAAAUUGUGUAUAGGAACAUACUCAGUGGAUGAGCAUCGACAAUUAUUUGUCAUUACUUGUCUUAAAGUAAUGCACUUAAUGACAAAAACUACCAUUACAUUACUUGCUAUUGAUGUUGGUGUUGAUGUCGCCGCCACAAAUUUUCAAUGAAUUAUUAUUUGAUUAUAUUCGUUUAAAUUUGAUUUAGAAAGCAUUUUUAAUGUUCAGUACUUAAUGAAACAUUUGAAAUAUUUUUUUUCAAUAUUUUUAAAAUACAUAGCUUUGAAAUACAUAAAAAGGUAGAAAAAACUUAAUGAAUAAGACGUCAUGAGUAAAUAAAAAUCAGACGUACUUAUAUGAAAAAAACAAACAAAAAACAAAUGAUAUCAGUAUUUAGAAAUUUUAGAAGUAGUCCCAAAGUCAAAGCCAAGUGUAAGAAAGCUUUUCCGUAACAGAAAGAGACAUCUGCACUUUCUUUAGCAGGUUUUAAGACAUUUUAUUAUGUACAUGAAAUAUAGCAUUUUCAUCGUUUUCAGCAGACUAACAAAAUGCUAUGAAUCAUGAACCGUUAGAAUAGUUUAGAAUGAGUUUAAUACAUCGAAGUUUGUUAAAAUCAUUUUGAUGCCAUGAAAUUUACAAUUUGCUGGAAAUUUGAUAUAAUUGUUAUAUUUCAUAUGAAAGAAAACACACACACAAAUUUUUAGCUCACCUGACACGAAGUGGUGAAAGUGAGGAAUAGUGAUGGGGCUUUAUCCGGCGUCCGUCGUCGUGCGUCGUUCGUCGUUAACAAAUGGGUUAAUAACACUCUAGCAGUCACAGUUUUGAUUGGAUCAUAAACAAACCUUGUCAGAAUGUUAGUCUCAAUAAGAUACAGGUCAAGUUACAAUAUGGGUAAUCUUCGGUCAAAAACUAGUUUACAGGAGCUAAAUGGAAAAUUUUGUUAACACUCUAGUGGCUGCAGGUUUAAUUCAAAUAUUCUGGAAAUUGGCCAGGAAGAUUGUUUUGAUGACUUCUAGGUAAAUUUCGAAUGCGGGUUAUCUCUAUCAAACACUAGAUCACAGGAGCUAACAAUAGAAAAAUCUUGUUAACACUCCAGUGGCUGCAGUUUUGAUCCAAACAUUCUUAAAAAUGGUCAGGAAGGUUGUUUUGAUGACUUCUAGGUAAAUUUCGAAUGCGGGUUAUCUCUAUCAAACACUAGAUCACAGGAGCUAAAAAUAGAAAAAUCUUGUUAACACUUUAAUGGCUACUGUUUUGAUCCAAAUAUCCUGGAAAUUAGUCUGCAAGUUUGUUUUGAUGAUUUCUAAGUCAACUUCGAAUAUGGGUCACCUGGGGCUAAAAAAAGGUCACACCGCCCAAAUAUUGAAAAACCUUGUAGACACUCUAGAGGUGACAUUUGACUAUAUUGUAACCAAACUUGGUCAUGAUGCUUGUCUUAGUAAUUGCUCGGAUGAGUUCGAUUUAUCAGGUGAGCGACCUAUGGCCAUCUUGGCACUCUUGUUUUAUAUAAAUUUGUGUUUGAUUAGUUUUUAUUUUGUUUUUGAAUACAGUAAUUUUCGUUUCUUCUUAAGAAUGUUAUUGAUAAGUAUUUAAUUUUCUUUGCCUCAUGUUAAUGUCCAUGCAUUUCUUAUUUUAUUGCCAUGUAACGAUUUACUUCCAUCAUAAUUAUGUGAGUCGAUACAUCAUUUGAAAUAUUAUUUGCAAUUUAACAUGAUAAUGUUAAAUAUAAUUUUUAUUGCCAUGGACAAUUUGUGAGUAUAGCCUGUUAACAAAUCAAUAGACUAUUAUAUAUUAUAUUUUGACAAUAUGUAUACACAGAUUCAUAUGCAUGUUAAAGCAUGUUUUUUACGUUUAAAUUUAGGCCUAUGUCUUCUUUGCUUAAUUUUGGAUUAAAGUGUUAUGUUAUUUCUUAUAAUAAAAGAAGAAAAAAAUACAUGAACAAUGUUGCAUAUAUUUUAAUAUACGAAUUAAUCUUUGCGUGAGUAGGGUUGUAGUAUAUUUUUAAUGAAAUAAAUUAUAAGUAAAAAAGAAAGAAACACAAAGUCAAAAAAAAAAUUAAAAAAAAAAACAACAAAAAAA